GUCCUGCCCACGUCGAUGUAGGUGGGGUUCGACGAAUAAAUCUCGCCAUACAAGAUGCAAAGAGCAAUUCAGCGCAUCCAACAGGUCGACUGGACCUCGGUCCGGCGUGACGGCCACAACUUGUUCACGAAACUCAUCCGUACGAAGGACCCGCGCGAAUCUGACGGUGCGCAGGAGUUGACUCUGCCAGGCAAACAGCGUCUCUCGCGAUGCCUUACUACAACGGACCUGACUUCGCUGGGCGUGGGGUCAUGCGUCGGCACUGGCAUGUACCUGGUGGCGGGCAUGGUUGCCCGUAAGUUCGCUGGCCCUGGAGUUAUCUUCAGCUUCAUCAUCGCUGCCGUGGCUAGCAUCUUCUCAGGUGCUUGCUAUGCCGAAUUCGGUGUCCGCGUGCCGAAUACCACCGGCUCGGCUUACACCUACUCUUACGUCACUGUUGGAGAGUUUAUCGCCUUCAUCAUCGGAUGGAAUAUGGUGCUUGAAUAUCUGAUUGGGACCAGCGCCUGCGCUAGAGCCCUAAGCGCCUGCCUCGACUCUCUGUUCAACGGAGCAAUUAGCAACCAUCUUGCCAACAACUUCGGUACCAUCUAUGGUAAGCCGCCAGACUUCGUGGCAUUUGGGAUUACCUUGCUGAUGACAGUCGUCCUCGUGGCUGGCGUCAGGAAGUCCCUCUUCUUCAACAAUCUGCUUAAUGCCAUCAAUCUGAGUGUGUGGGUGUUCAUCAUGGCCGCCGGGCUAUACUACGUGGAUCUCAACAACUGGACCGAGCAUAAGGGAUUCUUACCGUUCGGAUGGUCUGGGGUAUUCAACGGCGCUGCGACCUGCUUCUACGCCUUCAUCGGAUUCGACAUUAUCGCCACCACGGGCGAGGAGGCCAAUAACCCCAAGAGAUCUAUUCCUCUCGCCAUCGUGCUCAGCUUGGGAAUCAUCCUGCUCGCCUACGUGACCAGCUCUAUGAUCCUCACUCUUAUCGUGCCGUACGACAAGGUGAACACCGACUCGGCGCUCGUGCAAAUGUUUAACUACGUCCACGCACCAACCUGCAAAUACUUCGUCGCGCUCGGAGCCCUAGCCGGCCUCACCGUCUCUAUGUUUGGCUCCAUGUUCCCGAUGCCGCGAGUGAUAUAUGCUAUGGCUUCUGAUGGACUUAUCUUCAGACCACUAGCAUCAGUGUCGGAGGCAGCUGGGACUCCGGCGUUCGCCACCAUCUGCGGCGGGUUCGCUGCUGCGGUCGUGGCUUUGCUGGUUCACCUAGAAGUCCUGGUCGAGAUGAUGAGCAUCGGCACGUUGCUGGCUUACACCCUGGUAUCGACAUGCGUGUUGGUUCUUCGCUACCAGCCCCACUCCACCAACCUGAUCGAGCUCCUGCCGCAGAGCCUAAGGACGCCCGUGGACCCUGAAGGCACAGCCACAGCAGUCCGCGAGACCACCUUCGCUGGACAAUCGCAGGCUCAGAUGAUGCCGUCCGGGCAACGCGUCAUGGUGCGUCGAGUAACUAGAAGCUCGCCCGACUCGGACGACACCCUGCCCGGAGAUGAUAGCGAGGAAUUCGGCAGGGAUGACACCUUCCUGAUGAACACUCAUAGUGAGAACAAAUUUUAUGGUGCCAUGCCCGGCGGCUCGGGAGGGUCAAACACGGCAUGCGGCCGAUUCUUCAACGCCCUCUCUCGGCAACUCCACGCGAUGUCAUACUUGUGCCCUGGCCUCUUCCCCUGGGUGGACCUCGGCCCAGCUACUGAACAGACUGGUAUGUUCGUGAUCAAAGCUGUGGGUGUUAUGUACGGAUUGGUACUCCUGUUCGACAUCCUGGCUGCGUACGGAAACCCCGGCGAGUCCAAUUUCACCACCGCUUUGAUGGUCCUGCUGCUCAUUGGAAUCCUGGUGAUACUGCUAAUGAUUUCCAGGAAACCACAGAACCGGGUCGCUCUCAUGUACACUACGCCAGGCCUGCCGUUCGUACCCAUGACCGCCAUCAUCGUCAACAUCUACCUGAUCCUGAACCUGUCCAUCUUGACCCUCGUGCGCUUCACCAUCUGGAUGGCUAUUGGCCUCAUCGUCUACUUCAAAUACGGCAUCAAGAAUUCUAAUUUGGAGACCAACCCUCCUCUGCCGGUUGCGGUUACUCCUCCUCCACCAAACCCUCUGGACCGCACCACCAUUCCGCCAUCGUCGCCUCGUCAGUCCAAACCUACUGGUGAUCGCAACAUCUUCGAAGGGGAUGGCGACAAUGCCUUCUACAGCAACUUUGAUCAGUAUUCCGAUCCUCUUCUGAACUGGCAUGUGACUGAACUGGAGCCCGCACAAUCUACAAGCCGCGGUCCGAUGACCUCCUCUGGCACCACAUAUAAGCAAGUGGAGUCCCGCUACAACGCCAAGACCAACAGCACCACGUCACACACGUCCAGCCGCCCACCAUGGGCAUACCCCGACUCGGCGUACAACUGGGACGAUUAAACACGUAGCUUAUUCGGCCCUUAAGUUCAAUUUCUUCUUCAUUUUGUCAAAUGUUUUCGGUCGCCUAAUUUUAUCAACAAAGACCUACGACAUAAUGACGGAAAAAUUGAACUUCUCUGCUAAAUAUUCACAACUUAAACCUGAAAUGACAUUAUCCGCAAGUUCUUUGAAUAUUUUAUCAACAUCUUAUUCUACUGCGGUAACUACAACGAUUUAUACAAUGCGGGAGCACUAACUCCCGCGGCUCUGACGCGAACUGAAUUGUAACAUACACUAAUAUUUGAACCGUAUCUUUAAGAUAACCAAGCACUCGGCAUGUCUGUCUCAUCUAGAUGAUAUGAUAAAAAGCGAAUAUUGUGAAACUUUAGUAGGUCUGGGCCAUUGACUGUUAUUGACUGUUUAGUUUGUUUUCUAAAUUAGGUUUAAGUUAAUGUUAGGUGUCACUGUUUUACCAUCACGUAUUCCCAUUGUUACGUUGUUAGUAGGCAUUAGUUAUUUUUUUAAUUUAAGUUACCAUAAUAUAUGACUGAAAAUGUUGUAAUUACGAGUGUGUGAUUACAAAUUCUGUUGAUGGCCGAUUUAAAAUUAAAUACUCAUGAUUGGGAAUAUAAAUACAUAGACAUUGGACUCGACGCAACAAAAAUAUUUAUGAAAGACCCAUCACGCACAACUCAUGGCACAUUAUAUAAAUGUUUAAAACUACGACUUUCACCCUACAUUCCAAUUUCCAACUCUGGUAUCUAUCGUGUAGAAAAUACACAAAAAUUCAUUUAUGAAAUGUUUGUCACGAAAACUCUUCUCUAAAUAUUAUUUGAGUACCUAUACACUUUCAUCACGGAAGACAAAAUGCAGAUUAUAUUUACCUUUUAAUAAAAAAAUAGAACAUAUCAGAUGAACUUUCAAGACAGUUUAUACUAUAUUUAAUUAAUAUUAUACUUUCCACCCGUUAAAAUUAUGAAAUAGUUUGGAUAUACUGUAACUAUAAUAUAAAUCAAUAUUUUAUAAAUCUAUUGCCUUGUUCUUGCUUUCGUAGUCUUUAAGAGAUGGUUAGUUGAAUUUAUUUUUAUAUAAGUUUUGUCCCGUUCAUUGUUAAGUGAAUUAAUUACGCACAUUCUUAUUUUAAACACGGAGAGAAAUAUUUUAAAUGAAUUAUUUAUUUGAUGUUGGUCAGAAUUUCUUACUUUAACUAUUUGUACAUUUCAUAUUUUCGCCAUUGUCUAUCUAGUCGAGAUGCUGAGACAGAUAAUCGAUCGCGAGUAAGAGCCGAACAAGAUCUUCAAACAUUCGACCUACAAUAUUGUUGAUACGGAAUAAUGGAAGUAAAACAUGCUCAUUAACGUCGAUGCACCAUGAUUUGCCCAUUUACUCUGCUAACUGUACAUAUUUUGUCGUAAGAAUAAUCGCCGAGGCAUAAUGAACCAUGUAUGUUCGGAUUAACGUUACACACUUAUUGUAUUCUAAAUCUCUAUACAGGUUGUUACAAGAUACACAAAUAUUUAUGUCACACACUGAGGACAUUAUUUGUGACUAACGAUUGUGUAUGCAUUUAAAAAUUGGGUUCGUUAAGGUAAAUAUAUAUCUUAAAGACUUAUAAACGUCUAUACUGUCUUCCUUCCAUUAUUAGAAAUAUCUCCAAAGAUAAGAAGCCGAUUAUUAUUUUAUCAGGUCUGUAUUGGAAAAUAAAAAUCUAGAGCCGAGUACACAUAAUAGAAAGUAAAGCUCCAUUUUCGUUUUUUGCCAUAGCUAUGUUAACUUUCUGCAGCAACCUGUAUAGUUCAUAAGGUUACCUACUAUAAGUUAAAAAAAAAAACAAAACCAAAAAAAGUCCCCGUUAUUUUGUAUUGCGUUACCGUAAGGAGUUAAUUUUUAUGUUUUUAAUAAUUUCUCCUUGUAAGAUAUUCUCACGAUUGUUAUUUAAGUAAUUUAACUUUAGUUGUAAUAUUACUAAGAGUCCAGUAAGCACGCAAUAAAAUAGUUUCUUGAUUUAGUUACAGCCUAAGCAAGUAGUAAACCUUUUUAGAUGUAAGCACCAUCUUUAUGAACUAUACAUGCGGAUAUUAUUGUCUAGCGAUUGAUUUCUAAGACUGCUUUCGCAAAUUCGAAACGGUCACACAUAGGUAAACGAUUAGAUAAGAUACUACUAUAACGAUUAGAUAUAAUUACUGUUAUAUAAGGGAAUAGUUAAAUUUAGUUGUACAGAAACGAUCCGACCCACAAACUAGUCAAAAUUAAAGAAUUUGUGGUAAAGUAUCGAAAAUUAUUUUAUUCUAAGUUGUUAGAACUAAAUGACAUUAGAAUAAAAAGAGUCUAUUAUGAGAAUGAGAAUGCAGUCCAUCUUCGAUAGUUUAGACCAAACACUUCAAUUUUGAUCAGUUUGGCGGUUGAAUUAUUUUGCACAACACGGUUAAAGUUAGAUUAUCAGCCAUUAAUUAAAUACCUCUUUUAUUAAUCCAAUAAUUUCUUAUAGAGUUUUACAUCAAUCGCAAAAAGCAGAGCUGCUAUUUGAAUAGUUUCUCUAAAUUUUACCCGACUCCAAAGCUAGGAAGUGUUAUGGUUCUUAUUAUUUGCUAUUCGAUUUCUAAGCAUCCAGGAUUCUAUUAUUAAUAUUAAAUAAUGAUUUGUUAUUGUUUCAUAUGGUUUCUAUUCUAUUUUGUUUUUGUGUUCGAUCCAAUAAAAAUGUAUUUAUCUUUUUUUAUGUUUUGUUGCAAAUAAAAUAGGUAAUAUAAGGAUUUAGGCUACUUAUCGCACAUGAGCAAAAGAGAAUCACAACACGAAAAAUAAACGGAUUUUCUGAUAAUUACAUAGACAUUACUACACGAUAAGCGGAAUUUGACUGUGCUUAUAUCUAAAAUCUCGGUUUUUAUGUGUUGUGACUAUUUUGCCGUUGGGUGUCAUAUAAGUCGACUGUGUUGCAUAGAAAUGAUCCAAGUCACAUUAGUAAAAAAUAAAACAAUAAUGCCAAACUAUCGAAUGUGCACAGUUUUUUACGUAACAAAAACUCGUUUUAUUUCAACGUGUUACGUGAUUGAAUAAAAUGUAUGUUUUUGGUAACUAAGAAUGCCCACAAUUUUUGUUAGUUUGGUAUCAAUAAUUUUAUUCUAGCUACCUCGUGUAUUGGAUCAUUUCUUACAACACGGUUCAAAUUAUUUAAGCUAGUAUUAAAAAGGGAAGGAGAGUUGUUGACCGGUAAAUUCGAGUAGUUGGUUAUUCUGUACGCGAUUUAAAUUACGUCUGGCUUAGAAUGAGUUAGAGUUCGUUAAUAUCUUGAUCAAGGGAAUUAGGAUACACUAAUAUAACCUAGGUAUUAGACUAAGGACGUUUGUACAGCUAGACUUAAGAACGAAUGAAACCGGAAACUACUUCAUUAAUUAGGAGAAUCCCAGCAUUACUAUCGAGUGUUCUUGUGAGUAUGCCUCUAUGAUUCGCAAAUUUUGUAUAAAUUGCAUUCUAUCAGCUUCUUUGAACCACGUCGAGGUAUUGAGGUAUCAAAAUUAAUAUCAACUAUUUGUAUUGCAUUCUCAAAUUAAUUAGGGACUGCACUAUUAAUGCUAACACUAUUUGCAAUGCACAAAUAAGUUUCUAGAAAUUUUAACAACUUGACUUCUGGUUCAACCAAAUUAGACGAAAUAUUAAUUCGCACACGAGUCUUGAGACCCCGCGUUCAUCAAAGAUCAAAAUGUUGAAGUUUUUAAUGAACCAAUUUAUAUCGUGUUCGAAGUAGCGAGAUAACCUUCAUGGUACUUUAUCUUAUCUCGCUUUAUAGUAUACGAUACUUUAUAUACGAGUAUCGGCAUUCGAUUUCAAUCGAUUGCAGAUGGCUGGACCACCUACCUCAGACCAAGGCGUGAGUGCGACAUUUAUUGCCUCAUCUUUUUGGUUCCUCCCUAUUUCGUCUUACAUCCUGAAUAAAUGUUAGGGUAAGAAUAGAUGAAAAGGUAUGUUUGUGCGUGUGUGAAUGUGUAUGCAUUUGCAAUAUAAGGUAUACAUGUAUUAUAGAUAACUAAUAUACAAAAAUACCAAUAAUCUGGUUAUAAAUUCCUAAGAUAUUAUUUUAUGCAAAAACGGUUUUUUUUAUUGAAUAUUUAAGGGUCGUUUAAGACCUGCACACAGGCCUAAGUUAUAGCAUUCAGGUAUAAAUAAAAAAAUAUAUACUAAUGUUUUAAUUUGCUUUAAACACCUCCUCUAAAACGUCUAUUAGCUUUCCAUCUAUAAGAUUUAAGUAAUUCAGCAUUCACCAAUUAAGUACCUUUUUUGUUAGUGGACUAAGUUCUUGUAGAGUAACUUAAAGUGCAAUUUAUAUCUUGCAUAACAUAAGUACUUAGUAAGUUAUUAUUUCGUAUGUUUUUUAGUUUGUAAAACCACUUUAGCACGUUUUGGUUCUUACCAACCUGAUUAGGGAAGUCGCCAGUGCUCUUGUGCUUAAAAAAUCUAGUUUCAAACUAGAUUCGCAUGAAGUUUAACAUCAAUUGCAAAACGCUGUGCUCCCAUUUUAAUAGUUUCUCUAAAUUUUACCCGACUCCGGCGAAGCAAGGAACUGUUAUGAUUCUUAUUAAUUGCAACUCGAUUUCUAAGCAUCCAGAAAUCUGUUAUUAAAUAAUGAUUACUUAUUGUUUUGUACGGUUUCGGGUUUAUUUUUUUUAUAUUCGAGUCGACGAUUUUUUUUUUAUGUUUUGUUGCAAAUAACGUAGAUAAUAUAAAGAUUUGGGCUACUUAUCGCACAUCGGCAAAAGAGAAUCACAACACGAAAAAAUAAACGGAUUUUCUGAUAAUUACACAGACAUUUCUACACGAUACCUAAGCAUAGUUUGACUGUGUUUAUAUCUAUAAACACGAUUUUUAUGUGUUGUGACUAUUUUGCCGUUGGGCGUCAUAUAAGUCGACUGUGUUGCGUAGAAAUGCUCCAAGUCACAUUAAUACAAAAUAAAACAAUAAUGCCAAACUAUCGAAUGUGCACAGUUUUUUACGUAACAAAAACUCGUUUUAUUUCAACGUGUUACGUGAUUGAAUAAAAUGUAUGUUUUUGGUAAUUAAGAAUGCCCACAAUUUUUGUUAGUUUGGUAUCAAUAAUUUUAUUCUAGCUAGCUCGUGUAUUGGAUCAUUUCUUACAACACGGUUCAAAUUAUUUAAGCUAGUAUUAAAAAGGGAAGGAGAGUUGUUGACCGGUAAAUUCGAGUAGUUGGUUAUUCUGUACGCGAUUUAAAUUACGUCUGGCUUAGAAUGAGUUAGAGUUAGUUAAUAUCUUGAUCAAGGGAAUUAGGAUACACUAAUAUAACCUAGGUAUUAGACUAAGGACGUUUGUACAGCUAGACUUAAGAACGAAUGAAACCGGAAACUACUUCAUUAAUUAGUAAAAUCCCAGCAUUACUGUCGAGAUUUUUUUUUAUAAGUGUGCUUUCGCAAAUUUUGUAUAAAUUGCAUUCUAUCAGCUUCUUUGAACCACGUCGAGGUAUUGAGAAAAUUAAGCUCAACUGUUUGUAUUACAUGCUCGAAUUAAUUGCGGAUAUAAAUAAUAUGCGUUAUUAACGUUUGCACUUCUCGCACUGCACCUUCCACAAAUAAGUUUCUAGAACUUAUAACAAGUUGACUUCUGGUUCAACCAAAUUAAACGGAAUAUUAAUUCGCACACGAGUAUUAAGACCCCGCGUUCAUGAAAGAUCAGUAUCUUGAAGUUCUAAUGGAACAAUUUAAAUCGUGUUCUAAGAAGCGAGAUCACCUUCAUGGUACUUCAUCUUAUCUCGCUGUAUAGUAUACGAUACUAUAUGUAUAUUGUAUAGGCAUUCGAUUUCAGUUGAAUGCAGAUGGCCGGUGCACCUACAGACCAAGGCGCAGUGCGGUAUUUUAUUGCCAAAUCCUUUUAGUUCUGCCCUAUUUCGUCCUACAUCCUUAAUAAAUGUUAGGGUAAGAAUAGAUGUAAAA